CAUAUAUAUAUAUAUAUAUUAUUUACAUGAAAUAUUUUAAGGUAUGAAAUAAAAACCAUGUAAGGGCACAUUUUUAGUGGAAAGGAUAGGAUUCGAAAGUGUAUAGAUUUUCUUUCUAAAAAAAUUUCAUGAUCAUCAAAUGCAUACAUCAGAUAUAUUCAAACAUCUCCUGAUUUCAAUCCUUCUCUUGUACGUGAUCUUCAAUUCAAUCCCUAAUGAAUAUUCCCCAUUCAAUAAUUUCAACAUCAUUUCGCCCAUCAAAUUCAGACCGUCCGAUUCGCCGUCGCCGCCAUCGUCGUCGUCGUCGUCUCCGACGACUUUGGCCCACCUGGCAUUCGGCCUGGUCGGGUCGGCGGCGGCGUGGGGCCACCGGAGACCGUACAUCGAGUCGUGGUGGCGGCCGAACGCGACCCGGGGAUUCCUGUAUCUCGACAAACCCCCGACGGGGCCGUGGUCGGAGGCGUCGCCGCCGUACAGGGUGUCGGAGAAUCUGACGGCGUUUCUGGCGGAGACGAAGGCGGCGGCGCCGGUGGCGAUCAGGAUUGUUCACGCGAUAAUGGAGGCGGUGAGGGACGCGGACGACGGGAACCUAAGGUGGGUGGUGAUGGGGGACGACGAUUCGAUAUUUUUUGUGGAUAAUAUUUUGGAUAUGGUGGCGGGUUAUGAUCAUCGGAAGUAUUACUAUUUUGGGACGCCGUCGGAGUUUGUGAUGUCGAAUUUCUGGUUCUCGUUCGUCCAGGGAUUCGGCGGGGCUGGAUUCGUCCUCAGCUACCCUCUGGCGAAGGCCAUGGCCGACGACAUGGAGAAAUGUCUCCGGCGAAGUGCGCACAUCAACGCCGCCGACCUCAUCACCAUGGUCUGCGCAGCUGAUGUCGGAGUCAGCCUGUCUCCCCACAAGGGUUUCCAUCAGAUUGACAUGCACGGGGACAUCUCUGGACUUCUGUCGGCCCACCCGCCGGUCCCGAUUCUGUCCCUCCACCACUUCGACCACGUGGACCCCAUCUUCCCCGGCACCAACCGGUCGGAGUCAGCGCGCCGCCUUAUGAAGGCGGCGGCGGCGGCGGACCAGUCGCGGAUGAUGCAGCAGACCAUCUGCCACCACAAGCAGAACCAGUGGUCGUUCUCCGUCGCCUGGGGCUACUCCGCCCACAUCUACGAGAAGAUCAUGCCACGCUGGCACCUCCAGAAGCCCCUCGAGACCUUCAAAAUCUGGGUCGGCCAGCCGCGUCCGCCGCCGCAGUUCAUGUUCAACACCAGACCCGACCCCUCCAAGGACCCCUGCGAAGCCCCCCACCUCUUCUUCUUCACCCACGCCCAAAAAACCCCCGCCGGAAUCCUCACCACUUACUCCCGCCACGCGCCACGUGGCCUUCCGCCGUGCUCCAGCCCCCACAGCGUUCCCGCCAAUAAUAUCUCCGAGAUUCAUGUCUUGUCGCCGCCGACCAAGCGGACACAGAUGGAUAGAGCCGAAUGCUGCGACGUCGUUUUGAAGGAUGACAAGGCUGAGGUUACGUUUAGAGAGUGUUUUAGCAAGGAGACUAUUGUAGUAUAAUUAAUUAAUUAAUUAGUUAAUUAAGGUGUAAUUUUAUAGUGCCCUUUCAAUAGAAUUUUGUCAAC